CUCGCGAGCGCAGGCAACAUAUGUAACUGCGUUUUCGAUUUCCAGUCCGGCAAGAUGGGAAGUAUUUGCGAUGAGAAAUUGUCCAAAAUAAUGGACAACUUUGACGACACCUGGGAGAAGAUCACCAACAGCAGCUCCGCCAGCGUGGAGGGCAUCGACUACGAGGGAGUCGACUGCGUACUGCGCCCACUAAAGGGAACCAUCUGCUCCGAGUAUGUGGUGGCGCACGGAAGGUGCCCUCUGCGUCCCGUCCGCAAUUUCGGCGAGGUCUUUCUGCUGCCGCACAUCCUGGAAUCGAUGCAUAAGCUGGGCCUGAACAAGCUGCUCCGCCUGCAGAGCUACACUUGGCCGCAUUUGGCCAAAGGCGCGGGAAGAGGGGCGAUGAUCGUGGGCGCUCCAUGCAGUGGGCGCACGUUGUCCUACUUGCCAGUCGUUUGCCAUGCUGUUUGCACGGACACUCACCCCCUAAAGGAGGACCCUUCCCCCCUCGGGUUUCUGGAGACAGGGGCCUGGCGACCCGAUGAGUACGGCCCCAGGGCCUUGAUUGUGGUCCCCGAUUUGCAGCGCGUUCUCCAGGUGAGCGCCCUGUGCCACGCCCUGCUGCGCCAUACGAAGAAGGAGGAUUGGUUCACACUCACCCUCAAUGUAUCCACGACCAGAAGCGCCGAGUUCUUCCUGAGGCUCCUCAACGGAGUGGGCUGCCUGGUGGCCACUCCUGCGCAGCUGGUCUGGUUCUGGCAGGAGCAUCCCGGCCUGAUGCGCUUCCCACGCCUCCAGUUUCUAGUUUAUGACGACGUGGACCUGAUGUCCGCGGAGCAGCUAACCGCUGCACAGCAAGUUGUUCAGGGGCUUCUGCCCCUCACAAGCCACCCGCAAGUGGUGAUGGUUUCCCAGCACUACAGACCCAAGCUAAUGGCCGAGUUGAGAGCGGUGAACGAUGACCCGGCUCUUGUGUUCGGGGACAUACUGGAGGCAGCUCUAUACGGCGGAACUCGCAUUCGGAUUUCCAUUUCCUGCUCUGCGGCCAAAAGCAGGGCGGUGGUCCAAGCGCUACAGCAGUGUCCACCGAAGGAUUUCCGCACGGUGAUCUUCUGCACCAACGACACGGACAUUCAGCAGCUAGUGGUGGCUCUGGAGGAUCAGGGCUACGACUGCCUGCCCUACUUCCAGACCGCGGGAAUGACGGUGCACGAGAGGGUGCUGAGCUGGCAGGAGAACACCUGCGGCGCGAUCCUGCUGUGCACCGACAGCUGCCCGGAGCUGAUCAUCCGGGACGCGCACUCCUUGAUCCACUACAGCAUGAGCAGGUCGUGGAGCCAGUUCAAGCUGCGGCACCUCGUGCUGUCCGAGCACCUAAGCAACCUUUUUGCUUCCCCGGUUGGUCCCUUGAAAAGGCAGUUGCAAUCGCUGGUGCUCCUCGACGACAGCAAUCACCGGAAACUGCCGCGUCUCGUGGACUUCCUUCAGGUCCACCAGGAGGUGGACCCCGCCGUGUUGGCGGUGGCCAAGCGCCUUAGGCAGGAGAUGGACAAUGCCAAUAACAAGAAGGUAACCCUGUGCAGCCAGAUCCUAACGCUGGGCAAAUGCUACAAGCCCGUCUGCACGGAUCGUCAUCACCUAUCGAAUGCGGACAGGUGUCCGGAUUACAUGCCCGCGUCCGGAGAUGUCAAGCUCCAGUUGGUCCGGGUGUACUCGCCAACACACUUUUGUGUCCGGCUGCUGGAGCACAUGCCUCCGAACGGCACCUGGCAGCUGCUGCCCAAUCCGGCAGUGCAGCAGAUGCGCCUCCAGUUAAUGCAGGAGCAGGAGCCCCGACGGUACUGGCCCCCGGUGGUCGGCGACAUCUGCAUGUACCACGGCAAGUUCACCAAGGAAAGGGUUCGCGUGCUGAAAGUAGCGGCCAUAGAAAACCCCAAAGUGGUCCAAUCCGAUUUGUCGGUGGAGGUGCAAGGCCUGGAUGUGGACACGCGCACCACCGUCACCACUUGUGGCCAGCUCUUCGACUGUCCGGAGGCGGUGCAGCGGGAGCCACCAUUGGCCUGCGACCUCCGGCUUUUCGGCCUGGUGCCGUAUUCUGGGGAGCGCAGCUGGACCGAAGAGAGCAAGCAGGAUGUCAGGUACGUGCUGUCUCAGUUGCCCAAUGAUCACUUCCUUCAGGCCAAAAUCGAGUUCACCGCCGCCGGCACACUCUUCGUCCGGGAUCUGGUGGCCAUCGUGUACGCCGACCAAAUCAAGACGCAUCUGCGGUAUCUGUGUCUUGCAAAGAAGCUGAUAGCCACCACUAUGGCCAAAAGAUGUGUGCAAGCGACCGACUGGAUCAGGGACUUCUUCAAGGAGGCGUUAAUAGAUGUUGAAGAAGAAGGAGACCUUGCAGGGCACAAGGCAAGAGCGGAGCAGCCGGAGGAGAACGAAGUGGAAAAUAAGUUGAAGGAAGCGUGCCCAGCACAGGUGCAGAGCAAGCCCGUCUUGAGUGGGAGAUGCCAACGACUGGUGAAGUUGGCUCUCGAGAUGGGCAGGGAGAACGAAUUACAGCAGAUACAGCGCGCAGCCGGGUCUGCAAUGGGAGAAGAGCUUGCUGGUGAGAUGACGAACCUCUCCGUCAGAACAAACGAAAACACCGGGGCCAACUCCGAGAACGAUAAGGUGGCCCAGCUGUACGAGUGCGUGAGGAAGUGCGCCCUCCUUCAGCUGGAAGAUAGGAAGGAACAGGCUCAGCCAAAAGAAUCCGAUCGAAACUGCAACGAUCCAGUUGAAUUUCUCAAGCAGGUCUUGAGCACUGAGGACAGUAUCAAACGGAGACCCAAGCAGAAUAAUAAGGCAAGUGCUGCUAAGCCAGCGAAAGAACCACCUAACCACUUCCAGAUGGAGAUUGAACUACCACCCAAUGUGGUGCGUCCGCCGGUAACCUACUAUCAGACCAUUAGUACGUUGGAGCUGCAAGUUUCCCUACCAGACGAUGGUCAGGAGUAUAGUUGCUUCCUGCAGGAACCACAGAUAUUCUUCAGGGCCACCUCCAAGUCCUCAAGUCUGAUACAGCAGUUCGUUCUGACCCUGAAGCUUCCAUGCAGAAGUCUGCGCCAUCACAGCCGCGGACGCACCGUGUACAUUAGCGUCACCAAGGAGUUAGCCCGCUACUGUCCACUGGCCCUCGGCGAGUACCGUUUCCUCAAGCCCAACUACGAUAUGUUCGACAAGGUUGACUACCACCAGCAGAAGGCGAGAUCCCGAUUGAUUCGCUUCCUGGAGAAUUUCGGUUAUGCGAAACCAAAAGCCAGAUCGCAGGAAGCGAGCGAGGAAAGUGAGGACGAAGAGCCCAACCUGGUUGGAGUCGAGCGCGGGGACAUUAACACAUUAUACGACUAAAAAGGAAAAACGAAAAUAUUUGAAGAGGGUAUUCUAAUUUCAGUCAGAUGCAGGCGUCGCAGUGAAGGAGACACAUCCAACCUCAUAAAGUAUACACAUAUUUAUGUAUAUAUUGCUCGACUAAAUCAUAUCGACGCAUUUCCGCGAGUGUAUCGUAUGUUGAAAAAUUCAAUUUUACAGGAGAAGCUUUUUUUAUUUAAUCUCUUAGGAGCACUGUAACAUACGAUUAAAUUGAAACUUAAUUUUUAUCGGAACUCUAGGGUUUUCAGUUAUAAUAUUUCACAAGGUAGUGAGACAUUAGGUGCCUAACAAUUUUGCAUUCUCAAUUUUGAAAAAAGCGACAUACGAUACUUUCGCGGAAAUGCGUCGAUAUAGCCAUAGAAAAAAACGGAAAAACAAUGGGAAAACAAAUGUUAUAUACCGUUUUGUUAAGUGACUUAAAAUUUAAAUUAAACAUCAUGAAAAUCGGACCAUUAUAUUAUGUAAUCUAUUUAAAAUUAACGUAGUUUUGUGGAGUAUAGAAUUAUAAAAAAACUUUUGAAAUUUAAACAAAAGUUGAACUAUAGAAAUGUAUCAUAAUCUCAUAAGCAUUAUUUUUGGAACAUUGCGUUUUCUCUUGAAUUACAAACUAAAUGUUGCUAACAUCGGAAGAUAAUUCAUUUAACUGUCAUAGGAACAAUCGGAGAUUGGACUUUAGUACCAUAUAUGUAGCUGCCAUAGGAAAACUUAUUUGUAUGAAUUCCCAACGCAUAUUUUAUUGUGAUUUACCCUUUAAAACCAUUGCAGUUAGUGUAACUGAAAUGUUGUUGCUGAAAAUCCACUACUAACAUAUAUGAAAAUCAAUGAAAUACAAAAACGUGGUUUUAAUUAA